AUGACCGACAACCUCAAGGCCUCGGCUGCCGACAAGCUCGUAAAGACGGCAGACGCCGUCGCGUCGGCCCCUGCCGGCGACAAGACCGAGCUCGACCCGCCAAAGGACACGCCCUUCACCAAGGACGAGCUCGCAAAGUACGACGGCAAGGACGACAAGACGCCCAUCUACGUCGGCAUCAAGGGCCGCAUCUACGACGUGUCGGCCAAGCGCGACAUGUACGGCCCGGGCUGCGGCUACCACGUCUUUGUCGGCAAGGACGCCUCGCGCGGCCUUGGCAAGUCGUCGCUGAAGCCUGAAGACGCCGUCGCCGACUACUCGACCCUGACCGACGAGGAGAAGAAGGUCCUCGACGACUGGGAGAAGUACUUCCAGAAGCGGUACAACAUCAUCGGGCGCGUCGCCGAGUGA